AGUUGGGGAGGGCGACUAAGUUCUGUCUCCACGGAGACCGUGCAGGCUGAACGCCAACGUUACUGAAGGUGGGCACAUCCCGACGGCCCAACCGCCAAGGUCCGGAAAAGGCCCAGGAGUAAAGGUUGGAGACGAUGCCGUGACCCCCAUAUCCCUGAUUCUGCCUCCCCCAGCCUCCUGUCCCUGAGACGCGACCCACCCCGCUAGAAUUUUCGGGCCGGGGGAAGGGAAGGGCUAAGCUGGGGAGCGGGCUGGGGGCAGUGCCUUCACGUGUGCCCGUGUCCCAGACCCCAGCCCAUGGCUCCCAAGAAGAGCGGGAGCAGCGCGGGGCGCCGGCUGGGCGCGGCGGGAGACAGGGCCGCGCCGCCGCUGUCGGAGCGCAUGCAGCACCUGCAGCGCGAGUUCAAGUUGCUCUCGGAGCAGCUGGAGGCCUGCGAGGCGCGCGUGGACGGGGUGAUCCAGGCGAACGCCUUCCUGGACGGCGAGGCGCUGCGCUUGCGCGAGGAGAACCGGCUCUACGCCAGCUACGUGAGCGCGCGCGCGCAGCGCUGCGCCCAAGCCGUGGUCCGGCUGGAAGAGCAGAACCGCGCGGACCUGACCCGGAUCCACUGUCAGCGGGCCGAGCUGGAGUCGCUCUACCGCGGGCGCCAGGACGGGGUGCGCGCGCAGCUCCUGGAGAUGGAGGCGCGCGCGGCGCGGCUGGCCCUGCAGGUGCAGGAGCUGCAGCCCUACAAGGCCAGUGCGCGCGCGCCCGGGGGCCUGCGGCGCGAGCACGAGGACACGCGGGCCCUGGCGCGUGUGCACGGCUGGCUGCGUCGCGGCCCAGAGGGCCCGCCGCUCUGGCGGCCGCCGCCGUCACCGUCGCCAUCUCCGCCGGCCUCGAGUCAGGGGGCCUUCGCCGCCUCCACAGUCCCGUCGCGCGAGCCCUCCCGGACCCCGACAUCGCUCCCGCCUGUGGGCUCUAGGGCCGCAUCAAAAGCCCCUUCAAAGGCGGGUUCGAGGGGUUCAUUCCAGGCCCCAGUGUGCGCGGGCUCCCGGGUCCCGUCCGUGGUCGCGUCCCCCCCGGGCUCCGGAGUCCCGUCCGUGACCCCGUCGCUCCCGGGCUCCCAGGUCUCUUCGUGGCCCUCGGUACAGGGGGCCUCGCGGAACACCACCCCCUCUGCCAAGUCUGUCACGGGGCCAGGCUCUUCCCGUCGCCCGGACGCUGGAGGCCGUGGCCACUGACGCCGCAGGGGAGGCCGCCCCGCGGGGAACCGGGAUCUGCGGGGGGCGGGGGGCGGCGGGCGCGCGGUGCUCGGCUGUCCCGUGAACGCGGCGUUAAUAAAGGUGUGACCCCCUC